AUGUACUGUCAACCAGUGGCCAUGGCAGGGCUCCUAUCGUACUUUGGCCGUCCCGAUACCAAGCAAGCCGCGCGCGACGCUAUCGUGCGGCUCCGCGAGACAGUGCAUCUGCUGGAGAAGAAGGAGGCGCAUCUGCAAAAGGAGAUCGACGAGCAAUUGAGAAUCGCGAAGGCGAAUGUGGUGGCGAAUAAAGCGCUUGCCACACGUGCCUUGAAACGCAAACGCCUCAAGGAAACGCAGCUCGAACAGUUCCGCGGCCAGCAGCUGCAGAUUCAGAUGCAGAUCGACACACUGGAGAGCGUGCACAUCAACAAGGCGACGGUAAGGGCGAUGAAGGGCGCGGCGGAAGUUCUGCAGUCGAUUAACAAGAAGAUGACCGUCGCCGACGUCGACCGAACGAUGGCCGAUAUCGCGGAGCAGCGCGAGGUCGCCUACGAGAUUUCUGCGCUCAUCUCAACGCCGGUCGGCGUGGACACGGUCGACGAGGACGACCUCCUUCUCGAGCUCGCCGAACUGGAAGACGACGUGAUCACGGAGCGUCUCGCCGCCGCGUCGCAUGCGCCGCUGUAUCAUCCUGAUGUUGGCUCAGUGCCGAUGCACGCAGCACUGCCAAACGAAGAGGAGGAGAUCCUUCGCCAGCUUCAGGCGGACAUGACCGCACUAUAUUGA